ACUUUGUUUUAGAUGGCAGUAAGGCUGGAGCCAGAGUAGCCCCGGGACCCGGGCGGCAGCAGGAGCACCAGGGCUGAGUGUGCAAUGCGAUGCCAGGAUCCAGGCUGAUGAGCUGGCUUCGGAUGGUUGGAACAGCGCUGGGCUUCUUGUGUUUUUCAGCUUUGCUGAAGGCGGCGCCUGAGUUUUCAGGUUACCUACAGAAAAUUUUGAAGAAUCACACUGCCCAUGCCUGCGAUGGGGAGCAAUUGACAAUAAUUUGCCCACACAAGACUUCCAUUAGCAUCCUUUCAGCCUUCUAUGGACGCCGGGUGCCCAGCCAAAACCUCUGUCCAACUUCAGGGAACCUCUCUUUGGAGAACACAGACUGCAUGUCUGCCACGGCUCAUCAGAAAAUGAUGGAUGAGUGUCAGGACCAGCGAUGGUGUCACUUCUCUGUCCACAGCCGGGUGUUUGGGCCUGAUCCAUGUCCAGGCACACAUAAGUAUUUGGUGGCUUCAUACAAAUGUCGACCAGCCAACCAUCGCCUCAAGACUGUGUGUGAAAAUGACAAACUGAGGCUGCAGUGCCGAAACAAGUCUGUCCUGGCCAUUUACUCGGCGAUUUAUGGGAGACCUUUGCGGGGGAAGCCAGAAUGCAAUUCUGUGAAUGGGACAGGACCAGACAUAGAGUGCGUGGCCCCCGACGCCCUGCGGAGGGUCUACCGGAGGUGUCACAGGAAGCAGAGCUGCACCGUGGCCGCAAAUCAGGCCACCUUCGGGGACCCCUGCAUCCCCGGGGUGAAGAAGCAGCUGAGAGUCUCCUAUACUUGUGUGCCAAGGCAGUUGCUGGAAGAGGUGAGCCAGGACUCCCAAGAAGAUCCCUUCUCAGUCUCUGACUAUACACAUGGUGGCUGGUACACUGGGCCCAGACUGGCCAGGCUCCGGAAAAAUCUGAUGAUAUUUACUAGCUCCCUGGAAACUUUUGCCCAUGUCUGGGGUUUUCCUGAGAAACUGGGCUUUUAUUUUCUGUGCGGGGUCUCAGGAGGGCUGGUGCUUCUCCUCCUUUUCUUUGUCCCCAAGACAACCUUCUUGCAAGACUUCAAGGAAACCUUCAAGCCUGCAGAGAAGAGUGACAGCCUGGAGCUGGAGACGACCAAGCUGCAGGGUGAGCAAGAUGAGAACCAGGAUGACAGCUCCUCCGACUCCUCCUUCCACCGCCUGUCCCACACCUACCGUAACUCCAACAACAUCUUCGGGCCAGAGCUGACGGCCGCCUUCGAAGGAGCAGACCAACGAGGCCAUGAGGGAGACGAGAUCUGGAUACCCAAGGAGUCCAGCCCGUAUGCCAUCCACAAGAUUAAGUCUGCCACCAAAUGAGAUGGACCGGCUUUGGGAACGGGGUCUGUGGUACAAACACCUCCGGGGGGCUCUUUUCAGGGGACGUGGCUCCUCAGCAGGUGCCCAAGGAAGCCCACUGCGGCACUGUCCGGCUGAGGGCCAAAUUCAGUUUUGGAGCAGCUCUUGGCAGGCGCAUUCUGGUGGUGCUGGAAUCUGUAGGCAACAGUGACAGAGCCAGAGGCCAAGCGGGCUGGCCCCCAGUUCCCUGGACAUCAGCACAGCGGUGUGGUUCAAAUGCGAAAUCCCACUGCCCUUGCACACGUCUACCGAGCUCAGGGGCACCGUAUGCCCAAACAAGGCACGUAAAUGGGAGCUGUUGCAUCCCUUGCGCCCCAUGUUCACCUACAUGGCGAUCUGCCAUUGAGCUCGAUCACUGGGGAGGGGAGGAACCUGGGGCCCAGAGAGGAAUCAGCCUGCCCCUGGCUCCCCCUCCCCCCAACGCCUCCUUUCUCGCCCCUCGAAGACACAUUUGAAAACUUGGGGGAAACCGCUGGCUGCGCUCUUUUUGUGCUGGCAGCAGGCAGAGUUCCACCUCUGAGAUUAUGGGGUUGUGGGAAUCGCACUCUGAGCAAUCCCGUGUGCCCUCUGCCCUGCCCUGGACCAUGUCGGGCGGCCAUGCAUGGUGCCCUGAGGCUUUUGCUCCCCGACAAAAGGAGCAGCAUUUCAGCCCUUUGAAAUUAUUAUUAUUAGAACAUUUCUAUGCCACAAUGUGGGGGAAAUGCCACAAAAGGUAGGUAAUGGUCAGCGGCGGGCAAAAGGUGGCCCCAGAAGGCCGGAGGAGGAUCCCAGGAGAGGUCGAUCCCAGGAGAUGGCUCCUUGCCAUAUUACCUCCCUGACGUCAAAGUGUUAUUAAACACCCUUCCACCUGUGGAGUGCGCCAGAGGCCCACCUUGAUGGCGCCAUGGCGGGCCACUGCAAAGGGGAUCUGAUCUCCUGGAAUGCUCCUGUCCCCCGUGCCAACACCAAAUUCCUUACAUUCGUGCAUCACCGUGUGGAACAGAAUGCCUUUUUAAAAGAAAACAAAGAAAAACCCAAGGCAUGCCGUCACUUGUUGUAUCGCAUCGGAAUCUUCCUUGUUUCUGCCACAGGCUCUGUUCUAAAAUGCAUUUAAGGUGCUUCAGAAAUGAGUUUGGCUAGAGCCCACAGUGGGGUGAAAAAUAAUUACUGUGGGCCUGUUCUUGUUGGUCAAGCAUAUAUAUUUGCCUUCCCCAAUCUGGCUUCCUCCAGAAAUUUGGACAACAGCUCUCAUCAUCACCACAUAGCAGCAAUGCUGGCUGGAGUGAUGGGCAUUAUAGUCUAGCAAAUCUGGGGGCUGCCAGGUUGUGAAAGGCACAAGUAUCAUUAGUCUUGCUUUCUUCUUAAAAUAU